CUGCCUGGAACACUCCCAUUUUGCCUGUAGAAAAACAUGGUACUGGUAAGUACCGCAUGGCACCUGACUUGAGAUCCAUCAAUUCUAUCCUAGCCACUCCCUCAAACAAAAGCUCACUCAGGCUGCUGAUCUGGCACUUCCCGAUUAUUCACUUCCUUUCACAUAGAUGUUUCUGAAACAGAGGGGGUGGUGAAUGGAGUUUUGUUUCAGAAAAAGGGGGAGAGAGAAGGGUGCUCGUGUACAUCGGUGUAAUGCUAGGUACCAUGGAAAAACGCCAUCCCAGGUGCACACAACAUGCUGUAGGGGUGGCAAAAAUCAUUUUGAAAACAGCACACAUAGUCAUGGGACAUCCACUAAAAGUACUCACAUCACAUAGUCUCGAAUGUCAACUCACAGAUUUUUACAAUGACAUCCCUAAGACAGCAGCGACUGAGUAAGGUGCUGGAGGCACCAAAUUUGAGUUUCACACAUGAGGGGAUUAACAUGGCAGACAGGAUGGGAGUAGGGACUCCCCACAUGUGCGAACAGGAAGUGACCAAAGAGGAAAAAGUGAGGCCAAGUUUGCAGGCACAGCCACUCCAAGGCUCAGAAGAACUGUUCACAGAUGGUUGCUGUUUUGGACAUGAAAUAGAAGGACUGAAGGCAGGAUAUGCAGUUGUCAGAAGAGAGGGGCAUACAUAUAAAACAGUGAAGGCAGAAAGGUUGAAGGGACAGCAGUCAGCGCAAAGGGCAGAGCAGUAAUAGAGGCACUGAAGCAAGAGGAAGAAAAAAAGAUAACCAUCUACACCGGCUCAACGUAUGCUGCAGGGGCAGCCCAUGUAGAGCUGGGACAAUGGAAAAGAGCAGGGUUUCUCAUCGCUGGAAACAAACCAAUAAAACAUGAGGAAGAAAUGAAGGAACUAGCCGAAGCCUUGCUCCUCCUGAGUGAAGUAGCAAUUGUCAGGUGCAAAGGGCAUGACACCACAAACACACCAGUGGCCAAAGGAAAUCAAGCAGCAGACCAGGCUUCUAAGCAAGUGGUGGGAUAUUCCCCCUCACUACAAAUGAUAAGCACAGAGGAGGAAGUGCAACAACACACAAGCCUCACCGAGGAACACGUCAAACAGUGUCAACAAAAGGCCUCUCCACAGGAGAAAACAGUGUGGAAACAAAGAGGAGCGACAGAAACUGGUGGUCUCUGGAGAGGACCAGAUGGGAGAUUAGUUCUUCCCCCUACCAUCAGACAGAAGGUACUGGAAGAGGCUCACGGAGUAGGACAUGUUGGUCCUGUCCAGAUGAGCAGGCAUUUGUGCCAUUGGUGGCAUCCAUAUCUGACAGACAUGACAAAGGAGUUCGUGCGAGGGUGUCAGGUAUCUAUGGUGUAUAACCCGAGGCCAACAGUGAAACCGGAAAUGGGCACAUUUCUAAUGAUCACUAGGCCAGGGCAUGAAAUUUCCAUCAAUUACACAGACAUGGUGGACAGAGGGUACAGGUACGUAUUGAUGUGCAUUGACACCUUCACAGGAUGGCCAGAGGCAUGGCCUACAAAAAAGGAAGACAGCAAAUCGGUGAUUAAAUGUUUGAUUAAUCACUACAUUCCAAGACAUGGGUUUCCGGAAAAAAUCAGAUCUGACAAUGGUACACACUUUAAGCACACACAUCUCCAGCAGGUGGAGACAAUGUUGGGGUUGAAGCCUGCAUUUGGUACAGUGUAUCACCCACAGUCACAGGGAAAGGUUGAGAGAAUGAACCAGAACAUUAAAGGUAAAUUGGCUAAAAUCUGUGCACAGACAAAAUUAAACUGGGUGGAUGCAUUACCACUAGCUCUGAUGUCAGUCAGGAGCUCUGUGAACCAGAGAACAGGGUUUACUCCAUAUGAGUUAUUGACAGGAAGACACUUUCCAGGCCCAGGAGCUGGACUGAAAAUGCAAGAAGGGUUUGAAAAUAAGGUGUCCCACAGAGCAUAUUUUAAUGAACUGCAAGCUCUCGUUUCAGGUUUCUCCAACCAGGGGGGUGAGAGAAGCACACACGGGAAGCAGUACACAGUGCCACAAGCUGACUGGGUGCUGCUGAAGGUGAUAAAACGGAAGUGGUCGGAGCCAAGGUGGACAGGACCAUUCCAGGUGGUGGAGAGAACAUCUCACCUAACCCAAAGAGAGGAGUGUUAAAAUGGGGAUGCGGGGAAAUCCUAGGCUGUUGGCUUUGUCCAAAGGGUGAUCACCACCGCUGCGGAGAAGAGAGAUGGUCAGCACAUGCAUAUGAUGCCCCUGUUGACAAACGCAGCUGAUGAUGAGCACCAGGCGGAUCAACUCCAAUUUGAGGAGUGAUCUCUUAGAAGAGAUCAAAAGGGGGAAAAUGUGGAUAUACAACACAACCCUGCAGUGAUAUUGCAUGAUAUGAUUGUCUUAUAUGCUUACUUAUUACUUAUGAUUGCUCAAUGAUACUCAAUAUUGUGUGACAUGCUUAUCUUGGGUAACUCAGCAGUUAAGACAGUUAGAGGCUUUUGCUGAAUAACAGGAAACCAGGGCCUGACCACAAUACACUCUGACACACUUCACACUUUUCUUAAUACAGUCACACACACACACACACUCACAUGACAGCCCUUAAGGCACACUAGAAGUAUUCUAUUCUAUUCUAUAUUCAAGUGUUUUGUUGUGUUUACGUUAAAAUUAUACAUUUUCAUGUAGGGGUCUGCAGUACACUGAUAUAAAUUAUACACAAGCAACAACGGGGUCUUAAAAGUAUUUAAAGUCUUAAAUUUCAUAUUCCAAAAAUAAGGCCUUAAAAGUCUUAAAUUUCAUUACCAAAGUAUUAAAUUUCAUUUACCAUGGUCUUAAAUUUUUUCUUGUCCUUUCGUAGUGUUCAAUUAAUGCCGUAACGUGAUAAGUUAAUACUUUGUGUGUGUGAGACUUCAUAAUAUACUCGUUUGGUGUGACUGAUACAGCAGUGCAGGUAACGUUACUGUUUACGUCAGUGUUAAGCUUUACGAUCUGGACUGUGAAGUGUUCACGGUGCAAGAACUCUGGCAGUUGUUAGAAAAGAAAAUGUCUCAGACGUGCUACUAACGUUAGCUCGACGACUCAGAAUGUGCAAGAGUCUUAAAUUCAGAAAGCCAGAAAUACAAACAAAUUGGCGGACGAGUCUGAGGGCAGUGGCGCUGAGGUUAGCACAACAAGCUGAUGGGCGUGAGAGCCAGUCACACUGUGGCAAGUCAAUACUAUAUAAUACAAUAUUUCAAGCAGCCUUUAGAUGCUUUAGAAAAACAAAACAGGAUGAAUAAUCACUGAAACAAUUGGCAUAUAUUACUUUACCUUAUCUAGCGAAGGUGUAACUAAUUGCAACAAACCACACAAUUUGUUAGUAUUUUUGAUUUCACCCCUUAAGAGUUCUUCGUGCACAAAUAUUGUAUUAAUUUCAUAGGUGUCAUUUACACUGUUCAAAAAAAGUUUA